GUCAUGAACCACUUAGGUUCAAACCUUUCAAACCCAAAAGCACAAUAGCAUUCGAGUUUUGACUCGAACCUGCUCGGCUGCUUGCCUGCUUCCUAUGCAUUGCUACCCCUAAAACUAAAAAACUGUACGAUUCGGUUGCCGACACAACUUUGGCGCAGCGAUGGCGUACACUAACAGCGGAGACGUUCUAAUGCUUGAGGCGCCGCCCGGGGCCCAGCCGGCUCGGCCCAGCGGCUCAGAACUAAUCGACGCUUUGCCGUAUAUCGACGACGACUAUGGCGAUCCGAAUGUAAAAGCCGAGGUAGACCGUUUAGUCGAGGAAGAGAUGCGCCGCAGCACCAAAAAGCCCUCCGACUUUCUCAAGGACCUCCCUCCUCUUCCCAAGUUCAAAUUUGAGAAUCAUCCAAUGCUAGCAAGAGAAUAUGAACGUGUUAGAGCUGGGAAGCCUCCUGUGCAAAUUGACACGUCAAGAUAUGGACUUGAAGUGCCGCAGGGAAAUAAACGGAAUGAUGAAUCAACCUGGAAACAAGCUCUUCAGAAAGCUCAGCGCUUAUUACAGCAUCAAGUGAUUAGGCUAGAAAAUCUAGACCUGAUGUUAAUUCACGGUCCUGAUGCAUGGAAGGUAUACAACCAAAAACUGGAGGCUUUUUUAGCCAGAAUGCAGUCAGAGGCUAUUAAAUUAAAUGAGAAGAUUGAAAGUGUAAAUCGGGAAAGGAAAUAUCACCAGCAAAAUACUGCUUACGAGUUGAAUGCCUUGUCCACACAAUGGAAUGAACUGUGUUUGAAAAACAGAGAAAUUCAAGUUGCAUGUUAUCAUGUUGAAAAUGAGAUUGAAGAGAUGAAGAAGAAUGCACUCGAGAGAGGUUGGGAUGUGGAAGGUAAAAUGGAGAAUGGUUCAUUAGUGCCUGCAGCAAUGUAAGUUCUGAUUGUUGGCCUAGUUCAUCAAGAUUUUCGAGACAGCUGGAGUUUAUGUCUAGAAGAGAGCAGAACAGACCAACAGCUGACUUUCAUUUUGGUCGAUGUAGCAAGAAUUUCUUUGAUGUCACUCUUGAUUUGAUUUCUAAGGUUGAUGAUAUCUGAAAACAUUUAGCCAUUGACAUUUGGUAGAUAUGUCCCAAGGAUCACAUUACUCCUAUCACCACUUCCUUUUCCCCUCUCGUGAGUUAAAAGGUACAAGUAUAUCACCGGAAUUGAGUUUAGUAAUGGAAUUUGGUAAACUGUAUGUUUCGAUCUGUAAGGGUCCACACUAGGCAGGAGCAUGGAUGAAAUUGAGUUGUAGUUAUAAUCUUCUUGGUGCAUUGUUAUAUUUAUUUCAAAAUA